CAUUUGCUUGACAACCGCCACUAAAUUGAAAGAAGAAGAGGAACAGUCCAGUCUGGGUUGUAAACCAUAGAAAGUAAACCCGUGAUAAUUUUCGUUAUCAUGGAAGCUGUUGUUGGAGAGAUUGUUUCCCCAGAGGAUCUGGAGAAAUUUGGAAAGAAAUACAAGGCAGAGUUAUCAAAGAGUUCUGUGUCUAAAGACACGCAGUUCGAGUAUGCGUGGUGUCUGAUCAGGAGCAAACACCCGGAGGACAUCAAGAAGGGAAUAGUGCUACUUGAUGAACUUAUCCAUAAGGGUACCAAGGAUGACCAGCGGGAUUAUCUGUUUUACCUGGCUGUGGCCAAUUAUAAGAUCAAGGAAUAUGAGAGAGCUCAAAAAUACAUUAAGACAUUACUGAGGAAUGAACCAGGAAAUUCUCAAGCUGAAGAACUGGAGAAAUUCAUUGGUAACGCCAUGAAGAAAGAUGGGCUGGUUGGAAUGGCAAUUGUUGGUGGCAUUGGCUUGGGUUUGGCUGGAUUGGCGGGACUCAUUGGUUUAGCUGUGGCUAAGAAAUCUGCGUAAGAGGAUAAGACAAGACAAAUCAUAAUGCCUUGCAAAUGAAAAAAGUAUUAACCCAUCUUUUGAGGUUGGAUUCAUCAUGACACUGACAAAGAACAGAUCAUCUCACUUAUGCCUUAAUAACUUUUCCUCCAGAUAAAGCCAGUGCUUUUUAAAGUGAGAAAAAUUUGACAUUGCUCUUAAGAAAAAACAAGAAACGCCCCAAAAAUGUUUCUGUCACAAAAUGUUUAAAAGUUAUUUAAUAAUAUAGAUCCUACAAAUAUAGCAUUUAAUAGUUUUAACUUAUUUAUUCUUUGUCUUUGUAAUAGUUUUAGCUUAUUUGUUCUUAGUUUUCCACUGUACCAUCUCUGAGCAUGCAAAAAUUGAUAUUUUCACCAUUAUCAGCAGCUGUAAUGGAAAAUUACAAUUAAAUUGUCCAUUAACUCUAACUCUCUCUCUCUCUCUCUAUAGAAAGAGAGAGAGAGAGAUUUUUUACUUCCCCAUUAGCAUGAGCAUUUUGGUCUUGUAUUUCACCUCCUUAUUAUAUUACAACUAAGUAUAUACUAAAGUCAGAACCCAAACAGUUUGUGCUUUUUUACUAUUUUAGCUAAAAGCCUGCUAUUUAAGUAGGAGUCUUAGUGUAGCCAUAGAUCCAGAAGACAAUAGAGAGUGCAGGGGCUAAGUGAUAUAAAAUGGUAUUGUAGAAUAUGAGAUGUUUUGUGUUGACAAAAAGUGUUUUCCUUACUUGAAUGUUUUGCACUGAGAUUGUCUGUUUGUAUUUGUUUCUGUUUUAUUUACACCCAUUUCAAGUACUUUUUGCUAACUUUGAACACCUGCUGCAUAUAAAACUAAACCCCAUUGUGCUUAUAUUUUUACAUGUAGUCAGGGUAUAUAUGGAAAGAAGAUUUUAAUUUGGUGCUAAAAGAGGUGCUGGGUGAGUUACACACUGACCUUUAAAAUUAAGAGUUUAAGGUUUUACCAGAUUAUAACCUUCGUAAUCUAAUUUGCUCUGUGAACAAGUUGUAAAAAGCUGGUGUUAUUUUAAUAAGAGGAAGAAAGCUGAUGGAGUAAACAAUUAAAUAGUCA